AUGAAUCCCAUAUGGAAAGUGUACAAGAGCAAAGUGCUGAAGACCCUGAACCCGGACCUAGAGGAGUACACAGAGGAAGAGGCUGUUGGAACAAGGAUGACCCAGUUCUUCGGAACGUCGGGAAACCUGAUGCCGAACUGGAGCUGCGUCAAUAAUGCAGAGAUUGACAUGAGCCCUGUCCAGGAGGAUAUGCCCAAUGCAGUGUCUCAGCUGGCCAAGAGAUGUGUUCAGGUGCAGGGUGCUGGGGCUAAAGGCUGGAACAGGAUGUCAGCUCUCUUCAACAAAGAGGAUGAGCACCAGCUAUUGGAGGAGACUGAGAGCCCGCCUGUCCCAGACCAUCCACUAGCAGUGACGCCUGAGGAGCCGCAGAGACCGGCCAGACCCUCAGGAUUCUGGGGUAGCUUCGCCACCAACUGGAAACAAAUGGCCGCCUCAAAACAGGCUGAAGCCGCAGCAAACGAGACGGGCACGAUGGAGGAGGGUCAGGAGGCGGCAGGGGAGGGAGGUGGUGAGGGAAGGGGGGAGAGUUACCAGGGGGAGAACACGGAGGGAGAGCAGAGUCAAGAUGGAGGAGGAGGGAGCAACACCAGCUUCUCCAGAUAUGCCAUGCUUGGAGGAGGGAGCGAGAACACGCCCUUCAAGUGGAACUUUGUCACAGGCAAGCUGGCUGAGUUGAAGACUAAGAGCAUGUCUGGCCAGGAAGACUAACAAGCCAGCUGUA